AUGGAGUCCAAAGAAAAGCGGCGUGACCUCUUUAAGAAGCACAGUGCGAGGGGUGGGCUAGAGGGGUCCUGCCGUCCUUCAGAGAGCAGCAGUCCCCUGUGUGGCAGCCCCACGACACUGAGUUUCCACUGCCCACCCUGCAGCAGCCGCUGGUCCCCUCCUCGUCCACCCCAGUGGGCGUGCGGCUCCGCUCUCCCGGGGCUCCGCCUCUUCUCCAGCCCUGCCCUCCUCCUGGGACGGAAAGGCAGUGGCCCCAGGGCUGAGCAGGGAAGCUGGAAGCCAAGUGUGGGCAGCAGGAGGCACUUGGCCGCUUGUCUAACCGUGGGUCAGCGAUGCCUCCCACACCAGAAUCCCCCGGGGGUCUGCAGGCAGGAACAGGAGCCUGACACCAGCAGACAGCCCAGUCCUGGGACACUUCACAUUCCUCAUGCUCACUUGUGCUGCAGUGUCCUGGGAGCCUGUGAGGCCAGGCUCCAGAAGGUUCUUCCGGCAAGAGCCAACAGUCUGUGUGGAUUUCCCGCACCCAGGUUCCCACAGAGCUCCAGUAAGAUGAAGAAAUCUCUAAGACAAGAAAGACCCUGUGGUCCCCCUGAGGGCUAUAAAUCCCAACUGGGCCCAGAGUGGUUCUGGGAAAGGCGUUGUUCCACCUGCUGUGUUCCCAAUACCUGGUACAAUGAGCCUGCUGUGCUACAAAGGAGAGACCUGCAGUAAAGGCCAAGAUAAAAGCACGUGGGAACCAGGAGGCCAUUCUUCAGAAUGAGUACAAUUCAUAUGCCUUCUGUCCACAAUCCAUUUCUCAGGAUGCAUCAGAGAUUAGUUUGAAGUCACAUCUGCAUCACUUCUAGGCCUUCUGGCUAAAACCAUGUGGUGAGUCACAUCCACAAGUCUUAUGUUCCAUAAGGGACAUGCCCAAUUGAACAGAAAUUUUAACUUCAAGAUUCAUUGUGUUCAUGGUUGUCAGGUUUUUGUUAUUUUGUUGAGAUAGUCUGGAUAUGUAGCCCAGGUUGGCCUUCAGUCUCAAUCCUGCUUCAGUCUGAGUGUUGGAAUUACAGGUGAUACCUCAUUCAGCAAGAUUAGUGUUUUGAGGAAGAUUUCAACUGAGCUAUGAAUACUUUGUGACUUAUGCCCACAAA